CAGCUUGUUAAGAUGGAAUGGCGAUCUCCGAGAACCGAGGUGGAUUGGGGAGACAGAGUCUCGAACGCUGUUUUCUCUCUCUACCGCUCGCUUCCGAAGAAGGGAAAGCCCCAGGGGCGUGAAAUCACUGUCUUGUCAGCUUUCCUUCUUUCUUCUCCAUCUAAUGCUCUGGAAGUCGUGGCUCUCGGGACGGGGACCAAAUGCAUCGGAAAGUCGCUUCUUAGUCCUAACGGUGACGUUGUGAACGACUCCCAUGCGGAGAUCGUUGCCAGGAGAGCGCUUCUGAGGUUCUUUUAUUCAGAGAUUGCACGGCUUGGAAACAAUGGUUGUGAUGACGGAAAAGGUGGCGCAAGAAAUUCAAAUGCAUCAGAUAUUGUUUUUCGUUUGGAUACCCAGGGCUUUAGCAAUUCCAAGUAUGAAAUGAUUCCUGGCUGGCACAUACAUUUGUACAUCACCCAGUUGCCAUGUGGCACAUUGGACACUGCUUCAUUGUCAAGAGGCGCCAAAGAGAAUUCUUUAGUGGAAGUCAAAAGCUUUCGUCAGUCAGAGGAGGAACUUCGAUUUCCCAUUUUGAAUUCUUCUGUAACUGUUCAAAAGAAACCUGGACGUGGUGAUGCAACUUUUUCGAUGAGUUGCUUUGAUAAAAUAACCCGCUGGAAUAUUGUGGGAAUCCAAGGUGCUUUGCUCUCUAACAUUCUGCAGCCGGUGUAUCUUUCUUCCUUGACGAUUGGAAAAUCUAUUCAUGCUUUUGACGAGCUUUCUUUAACAAAUCAUCUAGAAAGGGCCCUUCAUGAUCGUGCAAUUUCUUUCAACAUUAAACUCUCUAAUCCAUUUCAACUGAAGUUUCCUGUUUUUGAGGCGUCUCUUCCACCAAAAGAAUUUCAGCAAUCGGAAAAUGAUGCACCUAAUUUAACAUGCGGGUACUCUAUCUGCUGGAAUAAAUCUGGAUUGUAUGAAGUUAUACUCGGAACAACUGGAAGAAAGCAAGGAACUUCUUCAAAAGGUUCUCAAUUUCCAUCAACAGAAUCUUCUUUAUGCAAGAGAAGGUUAUUGGAAGUGUUUAUGUCAUUGCAACAUGAAAUAUCGUUUGCAUAUACUGUGGAGGGAUUUUCUUAUCGUAAGCUGAAGGAAAUGGCUGUUGAGUAUCAAUCUGUUCUCAAGCUGUUCAAAGACAGCCCCCUUUUCAAUUCUUGGCAUCCAAAACCUCCAAUCCUCGAGAAUUUUAUGCUUGCAAGAUAAUAGCUUGGAGAACAAAAGCGGCAAACAUGGAAAUUGAAUCUUUUUCGGGUCGAUUGGCAACCAGGGGAGUGGGAUGCUAUGGUGGCUUGCUGCUGUUGACUUGAACAUACAGUUUGUAAUGUUGAUAGGUAUUGUUGGUUCUACCCUGAGUCUUGCUGCUUCU